ACGGAACAACCUAGUUAAGUUAGGCGACUUUAAUCGCCGCUUGGCCGACAGGCCGAGCUCUUGCCUGAAUUCGACGUUCGGCCGGCGGGUAAACAGAGCGCAGGAACCGAAACUCAACAGACAGAGGACAGAUUCUGCAGCAGCAUAAAUGACAAAGGGGAGAUCUGAAUAUGGGCCGAGAUACAUCCAACGGUGCUGAAAGGAUCAACCGUGCGCGGCGUUUACUUUCUGGGGGUGGUGUUGAACGAGAGGAUUCCGAUGACGAACUUGGUGUUGAAGAUCAUCCCUGGGAAUGGCUCUACGACGAUUGCUCCACCAAAGCUUUUGAACCCGACAAUGCUUCCAGGGUCUCGGAAGGAAAUUUGCUCCACUCUGAUAAUUCAAAGGAUAUCAAUACACCCUUACGAAGCGCGCGGGAAAGGAAUCAUUCUCCACAAUUUCCAAAUCGAAAGAUUGUCGGCGCUCGCAUGGGGGACUUCUACUGCAAAAUAGGAGAUUGCGUGCUUCUAAAAGCUGAGAGCUCAAAUGAAGCAUGGGUGGGCCUGAUAUCCGAGUUUUUUGAGGAUGAUGAGGAAGGCAAAGCUGCUAAUUUUAUGUGGUUUUCCACAGAAAAGGAAAUCAGAAACAAGCACAAGAAGCGCACCGAUUUUCUGCAGAAUGAGCUGUACAUUACACCCUCCUGGGAUAUCAAUCCAUUGACAUCUAUCAAUGGAAGGGCUACGGUUUGCUCACUGGAGUCAUUUCUGACAAACUAUCCAAAUGGCAAAGUAUCGAGAUCUUCUACAGACUUCGGGAAGGUUUUUGUCUGUCGACGAGCCUGUAACACCCGUACAGCGACGUAUAGCGAUGAGUUCGAUUGGAAUUCCAUCUAUCAAGGUUCAGAGGAGGACAUUUAUGCUUUGAUCGAAAAGGUGAAGACGGAGACCAAGGCAGCAAGAAAGAAAAGCGGACCUCGAAAACAAGAUCUACUGCGGAAUCAAGAUCAAGAAUUCGUUGACUGCGACCCUUCCACACCAAAGAUUGCUAGGAAAAGAAGGAAAAUUGAUACAGAAAUUACCACCCCGUCUAGAAAAAGGCGUGACUUCGAGUAUCUCACCACUCCGAGCAAUAGACGGGUCCUUGUCAAGAAACCUCUGGAGUUCAUACCCUUAGGAACAAGAACUUUGUCCCCAUCUGCAUUGGAUUCCUCUCCUUUUCAAUUAGCAAGAACAAAACUUCACGUCUCCGCAGUACCUGCAACAAUGCCGUGCCGCGAAGAGGAAUUUUCGAUCGUCUUUGCCCACUUGGAAGGAGCAAUAUCCGACGGGUCAGGAGCGUGUAUUUAUAUAUCUGGAACACCGGGCACCGGAAAAACUGCCACGAUGAGGGAGAUCAUCAGACAACUUCACGCUUCGGUGCUUGCUGAGGAACUUGAGGAUUUCAUCUUUGUCGAGAUCAAUGGAAUGAAAUUGACAGACCCUCAUCAGUCCUAUUCACUUCUAUGGGAGGCGCUAAGGGGGGAAAGGGUGAGCCCAGUCCAUGCACUCGAACUCUUAGAGCGCGAGUUCAGCAAACCAAGUCCACGAAGGGUACCAUGCGUUGUCCUAAUGGACGAACUGGAUCAGCUUGUGACCAAAAACCAAAGCGUUAUGUAUAAUUUCUUUAAUUGGCCGGGCUUACGACACAGUCGAUUGAUUGUAUUGGCAGUUGCUAAUACAAUGGACCUGCCUGAACGAACUCUCAGCAAUAAAAUAAGCAGUCGAUUAGGGUUGGUUCGAGUCACAUUUCCAGGGUACACUCACGAUCAGCUUAUGAAAAUCAUCCAGUCCAGAUUAGAGGGAGUUCCGGGGAAAAUAGUAGACCCAGACGCAGUACAGUUUGCAAGUCGCAAAGUCGCGGCUGUAAGCGGAGACGCUCGUCGAGCGCUUGACAUUUGCCGAAGGGCUGUGGAGCUUGCAGAAGCGACCAGAGAAUCAAAUAUUCAAACGACUCAAUCAACGACUGAUACAAAAGCAUUCCCAAACAUUUCGGAGCAAGUGAUGGAACACCAGCCAAAAGUGACAAUAACUACAAUUAAGGAAGCGAUAAGUGAGGCAACCACGAGCCCUCUUCAACAAUAUCUUCGAGGUAUCUCACUUUCUUCUAAACUCUUUUUGGCGGCUCUACUAGCUCGCAUACGAAGAACAGGUACUGGGGAAAGCGUCUUGGGCGAUGUGAUUGAAGAAGCUCGGAAGAUUGGACGAAUGUCCGAAAAUCAGAACAUACAGGCCCUGCUUCUGGUAGGGACAAGUGGUUAUUCCACCGGGUUGAGGUAUCGCAACAUUUCGGUGACUGUUCCGAGAGUUCAAACGAUGAUCAAAGCGGCGAUCGAACUGAUGGAGGCUGGCAUCGUUGGCCUAGAAUCACGCAAAGGGGAUAGAAAAGGAAAGGUCCGAUUGAAUGUUGGCAAUGAAGAUAUUAAGCUUGCAUUCCGUGAAGAUCCCGAAGUGCGAGACCUUGGCUUUUCCACUUAGCGAUAAGCUAGCAAUAGACUAUCAAAGAGAACAGAGUAAUUUCCUCAACACUCCAUUCGCCGGGCUUCGUACAGAUUCUCCCGAAAACGAUAACGUGCAAAGAAUUCAAAAUUUCUGGCGUCCAAGCGUCGGCUUCCAAUCUAGAGGGUUCGUCUCCG